GUGUGCUGACACACACCUGUAGCCUCAAACCAGGAGAUAGAAGCAAGGGCUAUACAGAACCCAUCUCAAAAUAAAACAGAUACACAACAAAAAAACUACCUUCUCAAACCUGGGUCAGUAUUCUAAGUAAAAACACCUUCCUUCCUUUCUUUCUUUGGAAUUUCUUAAGCUCAUAACUUUAGUUAGGAUGGGAGAAAUGAAAGACAAUGUAAGUAGUUGGAAAGAAAAUUUUCAAAUCAUAGGGUUUAAGCUUGCUUUAAUUUUAUUGAGAAGUAGUCUUUAUGAAAAAUGAAUCACUAGAAAAUUAAGGUAAGAUGGCAAGUUUGAGAAAAAUUUAUAAUGUAUGGUAGAAUUGUUACACUAUAUAGCUAAGUAGAUUUUUGCUGGUUUAUGUUGUUUGUUUUGUUUUUAACCAUACUGCUUAAGAAAUCUGAAGAAUACUUUUAAAGAUGAUGUGGCUUGGGGGCCACAUGAUUGUGUUUGCAGAUCUUGCAUUACGAUGUUUGGUUGAAACCUAUGCUGCCAGUUUUGAAGAAAGGAAUGAAGAACCUUUAGCCAAACGCAUAAAGAAUGAUAAAACAGAAAAAGAAAGUAACAUUUUGUUCAAGGAAGGAAAUGAAAAAAAUAUCCCAGAGAUGUGGACCCCUGUGGCCGGUAUUGUCAUUGCACUCUGUUGUCAUCACAGGUGUGAUUGGAGACAUUAUGUGGGCAAAGAGUAUUUCAAGGCUCUAGGCCUUGGGGCAGUGGACUUCUACUAUUUCCAGAGAAUGAGUAGUUGGGCAACAUGUGGAAUGAGAAGGACAUCUUUGGAAGCCUCAGAUAUUACUACAAAGAGAAAAGAUGAUCAGAAUUCUGACAAUGACGAGCAUGAUGAUGGGGGAGAUAGACUCACAGAUGGCAGCACUGAUGGUGUGCCUGGGAUUCUUACUGCUGAAGAGAAAAAGAAUAUAGGACAUCUUUGCAAAUUGCUGAUUGACCAAGGCCGACUCCAGUAUUUACAACAGAAAGGCUUCAGUCCUGCUUUACAGUACUAUACAGACCCAUCGGUAUCUCUGGAAAACGUGUUACUAACUGCUGUACCAGCUCAUCUGUCAUCGCAGGAAGCAACUCAUUAAUGGAAAAGAAACUGAACAUCAGUUACCUUCUGCAAACAAAAAUAUUUCAUUCUUUUUAAGUUAUGCUUUUAUAUUCACAAAAAUAUAGAUAGCGAGUUUUUUGUUUUGUUUGUUUUUACUUCCAAAGUCCAAACAGAGAAUUCACCAUGUCCUCCAAGUAUUCCUUUCAGCAGGGCUCUUAGAAUUACUUUAUCCAUCAGAAUGUAUAGAGAUUGGCAGAGUCAGACCGUUGACUUGGUCAUCUGAAACACAUAUAAUACAUCAACAUAUAGUUACAGUCUAAACUCUUGUGUAUUAAUCUGCAAAUUUUAUCUUUGGUUUAUUUGAUAUAUUUUAAUUUUUGAGCUCUAGUUGUAAUAACCAAUGCCAGUUUGUAAUAAGGAUCAAUCUAAGUGGGGGAUUUUUUCAAAUUGGGUCUAUAAAGAAUAAUUGCAAUUUUCACAAAUGCAAAUUUAGAAAUGGAGGAAUUGGCAAAAGACAUCACCAUCAAAGUUCCAGAGCCAUACCUGUGUUUGUACUCUCAGAGUCUAUCCCUGACUCCAAAAAUGAAGAAAUGGUUUCAAGGGGAAAAUGAUCUUACUUUAGGUCUUCUGAUUAUCUAGUUCAAACUUCUAAAGAAUAUUAUUUGUAAACAUAAAUUACAAAUCAAAUUUGAAAGUUACAUGUAACUUCUAAAGUUAAUUCAGUAUCAUGUAUUUUUUACCAGUCUCAUAUAUAUAAACAUAACUAUAAAGAAAAAAAAGGAAGGUUCUCUCCUGUUUGGGAAAAUAAUUUGUUUUUGUUUGUGUGUUCUGAGACAGGGUCUCAUUUGGUAAUCCUUAGCCAGUCCGGAACUCAGAGAUACCCCUACCUCUUCCUCCUCAGUGCCAGGAUUAAAAUCAUGUACUCCUUGCCAGCAGGAAAAGUGAUUUGGAUUAGAAUACAAAUUAGAUAAUGAAACCAGAACCUCACAUUUGGGCUUUACAUAACUGAUAAGCAAUUUCUGUACACAAGCAGAUAUUAAACCAGACAUGUCAUAAGACUGUUCCUCUUCCACAUCUUACCCUAGAUUUGUUUCUACAUUUGUUUGUAAACAUUAUUUUAGUUGUUGGUAAAUAUGUAAAGACAAAGAUGCAGAAUCACUAGUUUUAGAUACUAGAAUGACACUGAGGUAACUGUAUUAGGUAGGGAAGAAGCCAAACACAGUUUAACUCCUGGCUUUCUGUUUUAGUUUAACCUCAUGUGUUGUCAGAUUGCCUAGGUUUAAAUUCCAACCCUACCAUCUCUCAGCUGGCCAGUUACUUAAUCUCUUUGUGCCUCAACUUUCUGUAAUAUACACAAGGUUGUGUACAUUACACGAGACAGCCCAGGGAAAGCAAUUUGAACAGUUAUAAGCACAGAAUAAAUACUAAUGAGAGAGAAUAGUAAUUGAUUAGUCUAUUUUAAUAUAAGACUUUUACUUUUUAUUUAAAUUAUUGCUUUUUUCUUGUUAUAAUUUUAUGUCAAAUAUUGUUAACAUAUAUUGAUUAUUUUUAAGUCAAUUACUCAGAUUCCCCAAUCAAGGGAACAUAAAUUAAGAUAACUCAUUGUUUAAGAAUUAUCCUUGCCAGGUAGUAGUGGCACCUGACUUUAAUCCCAGUACUUGUGAGGCAGAAGCAGGUGGAUCUUUGUGAGUUUGAGGCCAGCCUGGUCUUCAGAGGGAGUUCCAGGACAGUCAAGGCUGUUACACAGAGAAACCCUAUCUCAAAAAAACAAAACAAACAAAGAAUUAUCCUUAUGCCAUGAAUGUUACUUGUAUCACAAACUGUGUAUCAUUAAAAAUUUAUGUCCAGGACUGGAAAGAUGGCUCAGUGGUUAAGCGCACUGGCUGCUCUUCAGAGGUCCUAAGUUCAAUUCCCAGCAACCACAUGGACUAUACUGAUACAGUCCUAUGAGCCAUUCAUUUCAGGUACAUGUUCUGAUAAUGGUUCUGAGUACAUUAUGGGGAAAUAAGUUUGUUCUUUGAGUGCUAAUCUUAAAUCAAGAUUACAGUUUUUCCAACCUUUUUUUUUUCUUUUUUCUUGCCUCACAUAAGAAUGUGAGCUAGCAUGUGUAUUUCUUGACUUUCAGACUUUUUAUGCUUAGCAGACUCCCUUGAACUUCACAUCCACAGUUACUUCAUCAUACAAGUUUCAUAGGUACAUCAAACUCACAUCACAACUCUUCCUGAGUCUCUUCCCUCCUCAUUCUGCCUAUCAAACUAGAUUCCAAGUGGAGUAUUACUGUUCAGUUGUCCCAGAUGGAAACAGAUUCAUCCUAAACACUGUUUUCCAUGAUUAUCCAUUCUAUCUCCUGCUUGACUCAGAUAUUUUAUCCUUUUUUCCCAAAACUAGGCCACAAACUGUUUUGAACUUUGUUGCUGACCAUUUCCCCAGCUUGUUCACACUACUGCUUCAGUGACCCACAGAAGCAUCAAAGGCCCCUUCUGAAGUGAACAUCCCUAAGCAUCCUCUGGAUUCUGGAAAGGGUUCCCUAGAGGAAUGGCUGUACUGUUCUCUCUGGUUACACUCCUUUUCAAAGUAACUGUUCAUAUGAAGCGAGUUAACGUCUGCCUUUUCCAUCCAUAGCUCUUCACCUUUGUAUUACAAGGCCAAGGUUUCUGUUUCUAUGCUGCUAUUUCACUGCUUUUACUAACAAAUGGUGCUCUUUGCCUUAUUCCUCUGACUUUGUUUCAAUUUUAAAACUUUCCUUGAUUAUAGAAAUGUUUAAUUCUAAAUUAUGAGAUGAAAUGGUUGCCAUCUGUAUAUUAUGCCUCAGAUUCUAACUGUUGAAUAAAGUCCAUGUUCUCAGUAUUUUUCA